AUGGCAACCUCCAGUACUGAUUCCCCUACAACAAGCAUAACUACCUCGAUUGAAUCUAUUUCUAGUAUAGUGGAAGUAGUUACGCAAUCAUUAUCACCUACUAGCAUCAUUAUUGCAACAACUAGCUUAACUAGUUCAACUAAGAUGAUGUCGAGUAUAUCACUUCCACCGACUCAAGUUGCUACUACUCCACAACCAACCCCAGUUCGACAACCAAGGCUAUAUCCGUAUGGAAAAUCUCAAGGAGACGCAUCGAUAUACAAAUCGCGUUGGAGUGUUGUUCCUGGACAACGUUUCCAAUUACGAACACCAAUCUAUUUCCUGGAUCAAUAUUACAAUAACUUUCGAAUUUGCUCCAAUGGUUAUGUUGCAUUUAAAUUUCAGUGGUGCACAUUUUGGCCAACUCGAUUUCGUACUUAUUACUUUCCUCUUCUAGCUCCAUUCUUUAUGUCUGCAGAUUACCGAGCAAAAAAUGCAACAGUUUACUAUCAUGGCUAUUAUUCAUUCGAUAGAACAUCUCAGUCUAAAGCUAUGUUAGAUAAAGCAACAAGAGAUGUUAAUGAAUUUCAGCAAAGGAUGAAAGCUUACGCUGCCAAUCAUACCCCACAACAAGUAGAAGCCGAGUUUGGUCAUUUUCAUACUCAAGUGCCUAACUUUGUUGCUACCAGUGUCAUCGUUAUUACUUGGGCAAAAAUAGCACCCUAUCCAUAUUAUUAUAACAGUUACGGCUUUACAAACACCUUUCAGCUCGUUCUGGUUAGUAAUGGCCAAAAUACGUUUACCCUGUGGAAUUACGAGUACGAAGGUAUGCAAUGGUGGAAGAUUAAUUCCCGCUCACGUUAUUUCUACUUCUAUGGAAGGCCUCGUACAGGCUAUGCGAAAGGUGCUGGCAAACCUAUCCAUCAUGAGAUCGCAGGAUCUGGCAGCCGACAGCUAUAUUUAAUUGAUUCUAGAGUUGGAAAUACGAAUAAAACGGGCCAAUGGGCAUUCCGCUUGGAUCCAGCCGGUGACCACAUUAGCCAUUCACAGAAAUGUUUAGCUUGGUUCUUCAAUCAGCAUCCAUUAAAUUACUAUACUUCCUUUAUGCAAUCACCAUGUCCGUGCAGUUGGAUCCAGGUGUUUUUCGAUCGUCGAUUUACAUUUUGGGGUAGAGUUGCUCGAUUUCCAUGUGCACAAACUCGAUUUGCAGCUCCAACCAUAGGCUCGUUCUUAGGUGAUCGUAGACAGCGGAUGCAUAGAGUCUGCUGUUAUUCUUUCCAACGAAAUCGUUUCGGUGCUUUAGUCGAGAAUUGGCCUGAUGGUGGAACUUUAACUUACGCCAAUAGACAGUUACGAAAUAUUGAUCAGGAUGCCUAUCUGAGCUGUUGUGUAAAAUCGCCAUUAUGCCGAUUGUAUUACAGUAAAAGAAGGAGUGGUAGUUGCCGAGGCUAUAUUCCACCUAGACGAACUUGGUUUGCGGGCGAUCCUCAUAUUAAAACUUUGGAUGGAAAAACAUAUACGUUUAAUGGAUUAGGAGAAUAUACCUUAGUCAAUGUCAACAACAAUUACUUGGUUGUACAAGCGAGAACAGCUCGAGCUUUGGUUAAUGGAACACAAUCCGCUAGUGCAACUGUUUUCACUGCUUUUUCAGCCAAGCAAAAUGGCUCCGAUAUUAUCCAAGGCACACUUGACCUUGAAACGAAUAAUUUUACAAUCCUUGUUAAUAGUACUAUGUCAUUAGCCAUGACUAAUUUAAGCGUUAACGUAUCACGUGAAUACAACAAUGUCGAUCUUUCAUUAUCAAGGAAUGGCAGCUUAAUUGUUGCCUUUUCCUCUGGUGUUAGUUUAGAAGUUACACCAUUAGUUGGUAUGAUUAAUAUCGCAGUCAACAUUCCAACAGUUUAUCGAGGUCAAACGCGUGGAUUGUUGGGUGUAUGGAAUGGUAAUAUGGAAGAUGAUUUUACACGUCCUGAUGAUACAGUAGUAGAGAUUAAUUCAACAGAAUCGCAAAUCUUUUACCAAUUUGGACAAGCAUGGCAAAUUAGUCAAUCUCAAUCCCUAUUUACCUAUCCACCUGGGACUACACAUGCAAAUUUUACUGACUUAACAUUUGUGCCUGUUUUUAGCGACAAUAUUACUGCACUGUUUGGUGAUAACACUGCAUUACUACAACAAGCUCAACAAGCAUGUGGCAAUGAUCUUUCUUGUUUAUAUGAUGCUAGUCAAACGUUAGAUAUCAAACUGGCUGUACAAGCUAAAGAAAAUGUCGAUAGUUUCAAUUCAGCUGAAAAACAAGCAGAAAAUUUCCCACCCGAUAUUGUUGGACCAGCUGUUCUCAAUGUCACUUUCGGCCAAACGUUAAAAUUCAUAUUUAACGUUACUGAUCGAAAUCCUGAUGACACUACUAUAAUUGAUGCCCUUAAAUUACCAAAUAAUGCGACACUUAAUCAAGCAAUAAAUGAGUUUCAAUGGACAGUAACCCAGUAUACUAAUUUUAGCAUCCAAGUUGUAGCUAAGGAUUCUAAUGAUGCUGUUAGUAUUUAUCAACCAGCACAAGUUAUUAUGUGCCACUGUGCUAAUGGAGGCCAAUGUGAUUACAGCGCUGAAUUCGUUGAUGAUGGCUUUGCAUCGCAAGUUCCAUGUAGGUGUCUAGAGGGUUGGACUGGUGAUCAUUGUACCAUUGAUUUCGAUAGCUGUUCUGUAGCUCCAUGCUUUGAAAAUGUUACUUGUACCGAUCAUAAGGCGCCACUUUCUGGCUUUACAUGCGGUAGCUGCCCAUCGGGUCUUACAGGAGAUGGUCGAAUUUGUACUGACAUAGACGAAUGUGCUAAUUCUACCACUCAUACUUGCCAACAAAUUUGUAUCAAUACCUUCCGCAGCUAUAUUUGUGAUUGCCAGCCCGGAUAUAGAUUAAACGCCAAUGGAAAAGCUUGCGAUGAUAUUGAUGAAUGUUUCAAUCCAAAAACUUGCUCGCAAAAUUGUCAAAAUUUACCUGGUUCUUUCGAGUGUUCAUGCGAUCCCGGAUUUACUCUCAGUAGUGACAACUCAACUUGCAAUGUUACUAUUCCAUGCAAUGGAACCAACUCAUGUAGCCAUAUUUGUGUUCAGCGCAAUGGAACUGAUUAUUGUGCUUGCAGGAAGGGAUACGCUUUACAAAGUGAUGGAAAAAGUUGUGCAGAUAUUAACGAAUGUACAGCCAACAAUAAUUUAUGCCAAAUGAUAUGUAAUAAUACCAUUGGUGGAUUUCAUUGUCAAUGUUCAGCAGGCUACAAACUCCAUCCUAAUAGCAGAAAUUGCACAGAAAUUAAUGAAUGCAAUAUUCCUGGUACAUGCCAUGCUAAAGCAACGUGUCAAAAUACUGUCGGUUCUUAUACCUGCCAAUGCAAAGCUGGAUACACGGGCAAUGGCAAGACUUGUACUGAUAUUAAUGAAUGCAGCACCGGGACGCCAUGCGGCCAACUUGCCGAUUGUAUUAACAAUGACGGAAGUUAUUACUGCCAAUGCAAACCUGGUCUUUAUUCGCCAAAUCAACAAUUAGUCCUGAGCCAGUCUCUCAAAGAUGGCAUAACUUGCCAGCGAGCCGAUGCUUACCAAGUAACUGCUACCGUAAAUGGCACAUUUAAUCCUCAAUACAAUGAUAAAACUAGCACUGCCUAUAAGAGCGCAGUAAUACAAUUUCAAAAUGAUAUAUUACUUCAAUAUCAACGGGAUACUCGAACCAGCAAUACUGUCAAAGCUGUAACUAUUACUAAUUUAAGACAAGGAAGUAUCAUCAUUGAUUUUGUCUUGACAUUGCUUCAAAAUUACACCUUUGGUACACCAACGUUAAAGUCUAUUUUGGACACUAAUCCAAUCGGUGAUCAUUAUGUACAAUCUUCUGCUGUAUCAGAUUUCAAUGAGUGCUCCAGCUCUCAGUAUAACAAUUGUACUGGAGGCCAGCAGUGUACCAACACCGUCGGUUCCUAUAAUUGCAGUUGCCGAGCGGGAUUUACAUUUAAUAUCGCCUCUAAGCUAUGCAUUGAUUUAAAUGAAUGUAGUGCUGCUGUUAAGCCAUGCCAUGUUAACGCUACAUGCACGAAUACCAAUGGAUCCUAUACCUGCGCUUGUAACAGUCACUCUGCGGGUGAUGGAAAAACUUGCACCCUUGUCUGUUUCGCUAAUACCUGUAAUAAUGGAGGUACAUGCUACGCUUCUAAUGGUGCUGCACAAUGCAAUUGUACGCAAGGUGUCUCGGGAAAUCGCUGUCAAAAUUUGCCUACUAGUGUGGGAACAAUCGUUGGAAUAGCUGUGGGAUCUGUUGUUGGUGUAUUAGUCAUUGUAGCGAUAGCAGUUUUUGUGUACAAACAUAACCAAAAGAAGACCUUAAGAAGUGUAACGCCAGAACAGAAUUUGCUUCCCCGAGCUAAAGCAGAGACUCCAGUAGCCUUCGAAAAUCAACAUGGACAACAGGAGGUAACAGACAAUAUCUAUGUAGUUUUAUUAUAA